GAUCCGACCGCCACGACAUCUGCCGUUGCAGCACGGCAGCAACUUCAACUCGCGGUGGCCGGUGGCAGCCAAACGGGUGAGCACGGAGGCUUCCCGGGGUCUGGGUAGCUUCGCGCACCGCGACCGCGUUCCCUGGACUCCGUCCGAGGCGACGUGUGGGCGGCCCGGCCACCCCGACAGCCGACUCUGACCCUCGAACUCUAGCCCCCCGAAACCAACAUCGGCGCAGCGCGCCGCCAUCUUGGCUGAGUCGAGCGCGGCGGCGACGUCGACGAUGAGCGUCGUCCCCUGGGCCCCAAUGGAGCAGGAAUAUGCCGCUUGGUCGUAGAAAAUGCGCUGGUGUUUGUGCCUGGCCGUGCUGUUCGGCUACCACGCUGCUUUGACGGUCGCGGAUCCCGUGAACCGCUUCAAACGAAAACGAGAGGCGGACUCAGCCUUCGAUGAGCUUCCAGACAACAGCCGGCUGCUUGCAGUGGUGGAUCGUCUGAAGCGCUACCCGGAGAAUGAGCGCCUCAUCGCAAGCAUCCCCAGUCGCAUCUACGAGGUCAUCUACCCUGUCCAGGUGCGACACCACCAAAAACUGGGCAUCUCCACACGCGACACCACUGCCAACAAGUUGGUCUCCUUGCAGACAAACAAGCAUUUUCAUCAGACGUCGCUGCUCAUCAAAGCAUUCCACUACAAGUUCCGGCUGGAGUUGGAACUCAACGAUUACCUUCUGGCCCCCAAAAUGGUACAGAAGCAUCCGCUCCCCAAUGGGAUGUGGAAGUUUCCCACUCAGGAAGUGGAGCAUUGCUACUACCAUGGCACCAUCAAAGACUACCCAGGUGCUGUAGCUGCAUUUAGAACAUGCAGUGGUAUCAGUGGCAUCAUUCAUGUUCGAAACGAGACAUUUGUCAUUCAUCCUUUCUAUGGGGGAGAUCUCUCUAGAGUCCAUCCGCAUGUGAUAUACAAGUAUUACAGCAGCAACAAGAACCCUUUUGCUUGUGGUAACUCACGAAUGCACGAGUGGGGUUUCAAGCACCACCGCCCCUUGAGCGCCCAACCGACUCCCAGGCAGAAGAUUAAAAAUCAGCCACGAUCUGGCAAGAGGGAUGUUCGUGAGGUGUACAAAUUCAUCGAACUGGCUUUAGUUCUAGAUAAAGCCAUGUUUGACGCAAGGAAUACAACAGGGUCUGAAGUUGUAAGUGAUGCCAUCCAAAUCAUCAACUGUGUGGAUAUGUACUUCCGCACUGUAAACACACGUGUGUCCAUAGUAUAUGUGGAAAUGUGGGCGACGGGCGACCAGAUGGAUCGUACAAACGACAUCCGGCAGACCCUACUCAACUUUGUAGACUACUCAUCCAGAAACCUCUACAAGCAAGCUGUAGAUGCCACGCAUCUCAUUACGGGACUCCAUUUCCCAAGCCAAGAAGUGGGGAUGGCUAUUCCGGAUACGGUUUGUACAGCCAAGGCCGUGGGCAUCAGCCAGGAUACCAAUGUGUAUGAGCCCCACCUGGUUGCCAGUACAGUGACACACAUGCUUGGUCACAACUUGGGCAUGAGCCACGACGAAGGAGGCAAUUGCCAAUGCCAGGAUUCCUGGGGAUGCAUCAUGGCUCCUGGUAUAAUGGGUGCGAACCACAUCCAGCCAUACCACUUCUCAUCGUGCAGUCUCGACGAGUACAUCGGUGCCUUGCGCAUCGGGCACGGGAUCUGCCUAUUCAACAAACCCGGGCAGUUGGAAGACUUUCGCUCGUGCGGUAACGGAAUCAGAGAACAAGAUGAAGACUGCGACUGUGGCUCGAUAGAGGAAUGUGCCAAGGCUGAUCCAUGCUGCGACCCAAUAACUUGUAAGUUGCGCGUGGAGGCUGAUUGCUCUAGUGGUCCUUGCUGCGAAAACUGCAAGCUUCGUCCAUCUGGAUAUCUCUGUCGCACCCCAGAGUCUGAAUGCGACAUUCCAGAAUUCUGUAAUGGCCGAUCAGGGGAGUGUCCAGCAAAUAUCUAUCACAAAAAUGGAGAAGAAUGCAAGGAUGGUAAUGGGUUUUGCUUCCAUGGCAAGUGUCGCACCUCAGAUGAGCAGUGCGAGUACAUCUGGGGAUUCGGAGCAAAGCGGUCGGAUGAAAAAUGUUUCGCGGAGUACAACGUGCAGGGCAGUCUGAGCGGAAACUGCGGCCACGACGGGAAUGACGGGUUUGUCAAGUGCAGGCCAGAGCACGUCCUGUGCGGCACCCUGCAAUGCCAACGUGGCACCCGCACCCCAAUCGUGGUCGGCAUGGAGAAGCAGUACACCCGCACCAUUGUCUCCAUUGGGGGAUCCGAGUAUGAAUGCAAGGUGUCGAUGGGAUCAUUCAGUUCGGAAUUCCCGGACAUAGGUAUUGUCUGGGAUGGGACCAAGUGCGGGGUUUCCAGGAUCUGUGUGAACAAGACAUGCGUUCCAGUGGACAACUACAGGGACCUUGGUACUUGCCCCAGCAAUAGCAUAGCUCUGACGUGCUCAGGGCAUGGGGUGUGCUCCAACGUGAACUCAUGCUACUGCGAUAAAGGAUACAUGGCACCCGAUUGCAGCCAACGAGUGAACGCGACAGAGCCACCUACACCAGCACCCAUCACGUCAGCACCACCGCCAGCCCCUGUACCCACCGAUCCAACCAAAGGACCAAAGACCAGUUUUGAUGUGGCUCAUAAGGAUGCACUAAGUACCCCGUCGCUGGUCAUAGUCCUCGUUUCCGUCGUUGGGGGUGUCUUCAUCUUUUUUGCUCUGCUUGCCACCUGCUAUAGGAGAAGCACUGUGCCCAAGCUGGAGCCUCAGCAGCCCAAGAAGCACCCCAGCCGUAAAAUUCCGCCCCCUCACACUGCAGGAGGACCCAAAACCGAGCCUCAAGAGGUGGCCGCUGGCACCACCCUUGAUAAUCGCAUUAUCACUUUCGGGAGCAUGCCUUCGUACAGGGAGGACAAGCUCCAGGAGCUGAAACGCGUGCAGCGGCCCGACGGGGGGGACGCCGACGAGACGUCCACCUUCAUCGAGCUCUCCCCCAACAACCUCAGCAAAGAUGGCGCCAAGUGGACCACUGCCGCCGCCAACGCCGCCCUUGCGGCAGGCGCCACAAAUCCUCCGGACACUCUGACCGAAGUCGAACGAACCCUGAAGAGCCUCAGCGGAUAUCACGAAGAGAUCCUCGAAGCCCUCCACUCUGCAUCGUCGCACGCGAGCCCGGGGACGGACAGCCGGCGCGGGGACACCCUCCCGCGAGGGUCGGGAGGCGACCUCAGUGCGGACGAGCCCCUUCGCAUCCGGAACCUGGAGGACCUGCUCCGCCAACUCGAACCCGGAUCCGAGCGGAUGAGCGAGCCAGAGGCGGACCGACAGUACCUGGCAUCCGUAGGAGGCCCCUACGGAGGUUGCUUUUACGGGGUCGGAGGACCCUACGCCUCGCUGGUCCGCGACGAAGAAGAGGGCAGCGAAGAGGCCCCGACCUACUCGGCACCCCAUUUGCUGCGAUCAGCCAGCGAGGAAGCCCUGCCCGUCGUGGGGAGGGCCGCAUUCUCCGCUCCUUCCCUGCCCAGUCCACCGUCGGAGGAGUCGGGGUCCUACGAGGAGAGUCCCUUUCCGCCGCCCCUGCUGCCCGGCCCCCCGCGGAGGGCCAGGGUCAAGAAGAAGUUUCCCGAGUACAAGAUGCCUCCCGUGGACCACCCUCACAGGAGGAACUUCUACAAGUGAGCCCACUCCGACGGAAGACGUUUUGUUUCGCAGGCAGCUCUGUAAAUAGUUCUGCCCCGUGUUAAAAGCUCAAAAAUUGGGCAGCAGCCAGACCUAGGUCACAAUCACAGGACUCUCUCAGCAAACGUUUCAUCCCCCUUCUGCUCCCAUGUCUAGUGGCACAGUGUCGUCUGCUUGUUGGCCUGAACCCACCCCCCACCUUCCUUUUAGCGAAGAAGUGUACCGUUGUAGUUUGCGUGUGUGCUUGUAUUGCUAGCCCAGACAUAGCUCUCAACAAGCUCUUCCUUUGUAAUACAUUACGGAUUAAACAAAUUUUGUCUUCUAA